CUUCAUCAGCAAGGAGCGGUCACGUGAUCGCGAGGGGAGCUCGCUGAUCGCACCGGAAGUCGCCGCCAGCAAAUUUUCUCCGCCAUGAGGUUCCGGUUCUGCGGGGACCUGGACUGUCCCGACUGGGUCCUGGCGGAGAUCAGCACGCUGGCCAAGAUAUCCUCUGUGAAGCUGCGGCUGCUGUGUAGCCAGGUGCUGAGGGAGCUUCUGGGACAGGGCAUUGAUUAUGAAAAGAUCGUGAAGCUCACAGCAGACGCCAGAUUUGAAUCUGGUGAUGUGAAGGCCACAGUGGCGGUGCUGAGCUUUAUCCUGUCCAGUGCAGCCAAGCACAGUGUAGAUGGCGAGUCCCUGUCCAGUGAGCUGCAGCAACUGGGGCUCCCCAAAGAGCAUGCAGCCAGCUUGUGCCGCUGCUACGAGGAGAAGCAGAGCGCCCUGCAGGAGACCCUGCGUGCCUGCAGCCUGCGCGUGAACAGGCUGGCUGGUGUGGGCUGGCGGGUGGACUACACCCUGUGCUCCAGCCUGCUUCGCUCUGUGGAGGAGCCCCUGGUACACCUGCAGCUGGAGGUGGCAGCAGCCCCUGGUGCCGUGGCCCAGCCUGUGGCCAUGGCUUUGUCAGCAGACAAGUUCCAGGUCCUCUUGGCAGAGCUGAAGCAGGCCCAGGCCCUGAUGAACACCCUGGGCUGAGGAGGAAGAGGAGGAGGAACUCAGCUUCCCUUCUGUAUCAAGCUGCUGUCCCCCAACUUCAGGGGUGGCCUCAUUUCUGCAUGUAGGAGGCCUAGCCGAGGGCUCCUGCCUCCAUCGGUUGCCCACUCAAAAGAGUUCAGCAUGGGCUUCUCGAUGGGCCUUUCCUGCAUUGCCUCCAUCCCCAUGAAAGGCAGGAGGAAUAAAGAGAGCAUAAAGGAG